AUGGAGAAGAAGCAGAAGAUUGUGGUGAUUGGGGCUGGGCCUGUCGGGUCACUGGCAGCUCUGUAUGCUGCUAGCCGUGGAAAUGACGUCGAAAUCUACGAACUGCGGGGAGACCUCCGUGACCCGUCGACGACGCCACUAAACUUCACAAAGUCCAUCAACUUGGCCCUGUCAGAGCGUGGCUUGAAUGCUAUGCGCCACGCAGGCCAACCAAAGCUCAUCGACCACGUCAAAGCUGCCACCAUUCCCAUGAGAGGCCGCAUGAUUCACGGAAAGAAACCAAAUGGUCAACUUUAUGAGGAAGCCCAAGACUAUGAUAUCCAUGGAAGGGCAAUCCUCGCCAUUGACCGCGGUGGCCUCAACAAAAGACUGCUCGAUAGCCUCGAAGAAAUGCCCAACGUCACCUUCUUCUUCAAUCACAAGCUUACAGGAGCCGACUUCAACAAGAACAAGGCAUGGUUCGAGGUGAAAGGUGGAACUUCAUCAGGGGAGAAAGGGCAGCGAGCCCGGGAAAUUGAGAUCGAUUUCGACUUUAUGAUUGGUGCCGACGGCGCUCACUCGGCAGUCCGAUAUCACCUUAUGAAGUACACACGCAUGGACUAUGAGCAACAGUACAUCGACACGUUGUGGUGCGAGUUUCAGAUCCAGCCCAAGGAAAACCCAAAAGAUGAUAGCUUGAUGUCCAAGUUCCGGAUAUCGCCUAAUUAUCUGCACAUCUGGCCAGGGAAGAAGUUUAUGUUUAUCGCCAUUCCCAGCGACGACGGCACCUUCACCUGCACCCUCUUCGCCCCCGCCGAAUUCUACACCUUUCUCGAAUCCGACCCCUCGGGCGCCCACAUCCCCGGCUUUUUCGACACCUACUUCCCCGGCGUCACUGACCUCAUCCCCCCCGCCCAAUUGAUCUCCUCCUUCCACUCCAACCCCCACCUCCCCCUCAUCAGCAUCAAAUGCAAGCCCUACCACUACAGUUCCUCGGCUGUUGUCGUAGGCGACGCCGCUCACGCCAUGGUCCCCUUUUACGGUCAGGGCAUGAACGCCGGUCUGGAAGACGUCCGCAUUCUGUUUGACAUCCUAGACAAACACACACGAAUGGACGAAGAAACUGUUGAUCACGACCUUGCCUCGGCACGGGAAAGAGCAUUGGAUGAGUACUCCCGUGUUAGAGUGCAGGAUGCUCACGCGAUCAAUGAUUUGGCACUGCAGAAUUAUGUGGAGAUGAGAGCCUCGGUUUUGAGUUUGAGUUAUCGGUUUAGGAAGUGGCUGGAGGAGCAGCUGAGUGUUUGGUUGCCUGGGUUGGGGUGGCAGACGAAGUAUUCGAGGGUGAGUUUUGGGAAUGAGAGGUAUAGUGAGGUUGUGAGGAAGAGUGAGCACCAGGGCAGGGUGCUGAUGAGGGCGUUGACGGGGCUGUUGUUUGGGGCUUUGGGGGGGCCGUUGGUGGCGGUGGGGGUGGUGAUGGCGGUUCGGUAUCGGAGGGCGGUGGAUGUGGGGUUGAGGGCGGCGAUGGGGAAUGUGGAUAGUAUGGUUGAGUAUAUGACUAUGAAUAGGUAG